CUCUCGCUAUAUAUAAUAUUGGGAGUCCCCCAUCUCCUGAAACCAUCCAUUUCUUGCUCUAACAAUGGAAUCAAAUAUUCAAAUUUUAGCUUUCUUCCUCUUCUUCCUACUCCUUGGAUCCAUGGCUGCACCCGCCCAGAAAGCGAAAGACCGCCGCCCUUGCAGAAGGUUGGUUUUCUAUUUCCAUGACAUUGUUUACAAUGGCAAGAACUCGAAGAAUGCCACUUCAGCCAUUGUUGGUGCACCAGCUUGGGCCAACACGACCACAAUGGCAGGACAAAACCAUUUUGGUGACUUGGUUGUGUUUGAUGACCCCAUUACCUUAGACAACAAUCUACACUCAACCCCAGUUGGUCGUGCCCAAGGCUUUUAUGUUUAUGACAAAAAGGAUAUUUUCACUGCUUGGCUUGGCUUCUCCUUUGUUUUCAACUCCACGCAGCAUAAGGGGAGCAUAAACUUUGCUGGGGCUGAUCCGCUGAUGAACAAGACAAGGGAUAUUUCGGUGGUUGGUGGCACUGGUGACUUCUUCAUGGCUAGAGGUAUAGCCACUUUGAUGACUGAUGCUUUUGAGGGAGAAGUUUAUUUCCGACUUCGUGUUGAUAUUCAAUUGUACGAGUGCUGGUGACAAAUUUGUUUAAGUACUUGUGACUGAUUCUGUUGUCAUUUGUAUUAUUUGAUCAAUCCUUUUCAAUUAAAUCAAGAUUUCUUGUUUCAAUUAAGAAGAGUUUCGUCA